AUGUCUGCUUCAUCGGCACAUCAGCACGAGGUCGCGAUUUCUGCGUCGGGACAUAACCAGGAAUAUUUCAAUAAAGAGGCGGCAACCUACGACAGCAAGCAUGAGAAGACGCUUAACAGGUUGAUUGAAGAGAUCCGUGCGCGACUCGACUUCAUUGGCGCGGACUGGGUUGAUGACGACGAGAGCGAAGACGACGAUGGGAACGAAGACGACGGAGGCAAGAAUGGUCAAGCGGCCCAAGCAGGGAAGACUGUGAGACUGUUGGACUAUGCUUGCGGAACCGGUGUCGUAUCUAGGGCGCUCGCUCCUUACACCACGCAAUGUGUCGGCAUCGAUCUGUCAGAGAACAUGGCAACUGCCUACAACGCCCGCGCGGAGAACCAGGGCCUCACCCACUCGGAGAUGCAUGCCUACCAAGGCAACCUCUGCGUUCCCGAGGACCCCAACCCAGCGGCGUUUGCCGCGCCCGAGUUCUUCUCCUUUGACGUGGCCGCCGUCGGGCUCGGGUUCCAUCACUUCGAUGACCCGGCCCUGGCGGCUCGCCGGCUGGCCGAGCGGCUCAAGACGGGAGGCGUGCUCGUGAUCUUGGAUUUCUUCGCCCAUGACAAGCCGGAUCCCUCGCAUCCGGCCACGCAGACCGUCACGCACCACGGCUUCUCCGAGGAGACGAUCAGGCGCAUCUACGAGGAGGCUGGAGUGGGAAAGGAUUUCGCGCUGGUGGAGGCGGGUGUGGUGUUCCACUUCUCCAAGGAGAACGGCACCGAAGUGAGGAGGAGGAUCUUCAUCGCGCGCGGGACCAAGGCUUGA